GUUUUUUCUUCUUGUUUUGAAACGCUAAGCCGUCCCCACCAUCCUCAAUCCAUCACCACCAUUGUCCAUCCUUCACCAACUCCCAUCACCAAUUCCACUCCAAACCCUCUCACCCACAUCUCAUAAAUCCCCUAAGUAGCAGCUCAUUGUUACCCACUCCACCACUGCCGCAUGUUGCCUUCAACAACCUUGGGUUUCUCUUUUCAGCAAGCAGAUGCUAGCCCCCCUCAAGUUUUGGUUAUCUCUUCCUUUCGGGCUUCCACUUUAGGAGGAAUCGUCUCUCUCACUCACAAUUUUUUGGUAAAAUUGAGCAUGAAACCAAUCUCGUUCUUUCUCUAAUUUUGGUAGAUUUAGUUGAAUAUUGACCAUUUAGAUUUGGGGAAAUCGCAUAGGAUUUAUGGGUAUUUCCAUUCUUUUAUUUCCUUGAAAGAUUGUGACAGUAUUUGUCUAGUGUUUUGCUGCUGUUUUGCUUAGAUUCUCCUGCUGUUUUUUUGGUCUUGAACUAUCUGCUGUUUGUGUCCAGAAUUUGUACAUGUUGUGGUGCAGAAUUUGCUGCAGUUUCUGCAACCUGUUUUGCUGCUGCAUUUUCUGCUACCUGUUUUUCUGCUAUAUUUUCUGCAAUCUGUUUUGCUGCAUUUUCUGCAACCUGUUUUGCUACUGCAUUUUUCUGCAAUCUUGGCUGUUUUGGUGCUGCAUUUUUCUGCAAUCUUGACUGCUUUUGCUUUUGCUUUUGCAUUUUGCUGCAUUUCCCCAGCUGUUUUUGCACUGUUUUUAAACCAGAAAAUUCUGUAUUUUUCCCUAGAAAAAUUCUGCAUUUUUUCUGCAUUUUUCCUUGCUGUUUUCUACAUUGUUUUUCCCCAGAAUUUUUCUACCAUUUGCCAAGUUUUGCUGCUCCUUCGCCAAAAAUGUUUGGAAGGUCAGCUGUCAUCUUUGGAAAUUUAUAUAUGACUGUGCGUGUGAAUUAUAUAUAUAUAUAUAUAUACACACACGUAAGGUUUUGGUGGGUAGAAUGGCAAGAGGAGAUAGGGAGAAAUUGCUCUUUGGGAUAGAACUUGAUGUUAGAAUUAAAGAUCAAUUUUAGUU